CAGUUCCGUAAUCAGUACGACAAUGAUGUUACAGUCUGGAGCCCACAGGUAAAAUGGUUCCUGAUUAUUAUUAUUAUUAUUAUUAUGUCGCAGUAUGAAACUUUGGAAUGCUGUCCACAUUAUGAGUAGUAUAGGGCGCAUAGCGUAACCUACACCACUUGAGAAGCUAUACUUUGAAGUAAAAAAAGGUCGAUACGAAACCUAAUACAAUCCUAAAAUACAUAGUGAUAUGAAUCUCUCUACUUAAAAAGCCAAUUUAGAAUAUUAUUAAAUUCUGAUACUCUGUAAAACCUUCGCUAUCUCUACUAAAAGCUUAUACAUAGUGAUAUAAAUCUCUCUACUUAAAAAGCCAAUUUAGAAUAUUAUUAAAUUCUGAUACUCUGUAAAACCUUCGCUAUCUCUACUAAAAACAUAUUUAUAAUAAUAUCACACAUUAUUAUUAUUAUUAUUAUUAUUAUUAUUAUUAUUAUUACUAUUAAUCCAAGCAAUCAUCUGGAUAAACUUCAUAUCACUUCAGUCUUCGACAACUGGGAAAAUAAAAAUGAUGUGGGUGAUUAUAGAAGCCAGCCUAUAUAUAUAAAUACACCUCAGUUUAUCUUAGCAAAAUGUGGUUCUCCAGGGUUGUCCAAAUCAUCCAGGUAAUUCCCCAUGAGUAGUUCCAAGUCACAUCAUGAGGCAUCAACAAGACCUUGAACAAUGCCAGCUUUUGAAAACAAGAACAAACAUAAAUGGUCAGAGCAGGUGUCACUUUUAGGGUUUUUAAGCAGAGUUUUGAAGAUCAGAGAUUUUUAGUCUAGAAUAGCACAAUAUUUUGAAGCUUAUCAAUGAAAGGAAGAGGUAACUCUAAAAUGAUAGUAAUUGGCAGUUAGAAGUCUAGAAUAAGCUUACCAAAAAUUAGCUGAACAUGGGGUGGUAGUGACCAUUAAGAAAGUAUAAAAAAAAUCCUCAAAAUCAAUCCAUUCUAAUAACCACCGAUUUUAUUGUAGGGCUACUUAUUGCUAUUGAUUGACGUUUAAUGCCAUGAGUUCAGUAAAACCACAGUACGCAAAUUCUGUGUGUACUAUUGUAAAAUAUUGUUUGUCAUUAGUAAUACUCAUGUGUCAUUUUAGGGCCGCAUACAUCAAAUUGAAUAUGCAAUGGAAGCUGUCAAACAGGUAUGAUUUUUUUUAUCUGUGAAUGACCAAACUAAAGAAUAAGGCCAAUUUAAGUGUUCAUGAUAGGAAAUGUUAUAGUAAGGUAGAAUCAAAGGCCCAAAACAGAUUAGACAACAUGAAGAGGUGUAUUAUUGUCUCCAAGAUGCUUGGAUGUACUUAGGUGUGUAUUUAUUCAUUGGACCUUCGUCACAGUCUUAAUAAAAUGUUUUGCCUUCACCUUUCAUUAAUACUUGAUCAUAUGUUGUGGUUCAACUUUAUCCUUGGUUUAAUUUUUGUUUUCUUUUGUUUAAAACUCAUUAUCAUAAAAUUACUAUUCCCCAAAACAAAAGAAAAUAAAAAUUAAACCAAAGAUCAAAUUGAACCACAACAAUAUAUAUGGUGACGAGAAAAAUGAUAUUAUUGUGGAACUGUGGGCAUGAAAUAGUUACAUAAUAUUUAUUAUAUGUUGUAAGAACAGAAGUGGAAAGUUAGUGAUAUAUAAUUCAAUAUUAUUCAUGAUCAUUAAUAACUACUUAAAUUCACAUUUUAGGGGUUAUAUUUGACAAAAACCCUGUUUACUAAGAAAAAAUGCCACAAGUAGAAGCAAAAUUAACAAGAAAUGCCACACAAAAUCAAAAGAAUGUGGCAUUUUUUGAAGUGUUAUAGAAAACACUUAGCACAACUCAGCAAAAAAGUGAGACGUUGGAACUUUAAACAUCUUUCUGUUUUACAUAAUAUUUACAAAUGAUUUGUUCUAGUAUUGUUCCCUUAAUUUAAAUAUAAUUUUGAAAUAAACAAAUUAUGCCCCUGAAUAACAUUGCAUUUGAAAUGCUGAAAAUUUAAAUAUAAAAUUCUGCAGCUUUAAUUGAUUUGAUAUGUUAUGGGUCAAAUUUAAAUUCAGAUUAAUUUUCUUUACAUAGGUUGAUUCUCAAUUAUUUUCUUUGUCUUCUAGCCCUACAUGUAAGUAUUCAUGAAUAACUAGGGCUAGGAGAUUAAGGAAAUUAAGAAUCAACCCAAGUUAAAAAUUUUAAUCUGAAUUUAAUUUUGACCCAUAACAGAUAGAGUACAACCUGACCAGUUAAGUUUCAUGCAGACUUGAAAUGUUUGUUUUUGUCCAUAGGGAUCAGCCACUGUUGGACUGAAAUCCAAAACUCAUGCAGUUCUCGUGGCAUUAAAGGUGGGUUUACAAAUUUGUCCUGACCACCUUGGGGUAUAAGUUUCUUGAGACUCAAAACUGAUGACAGACUUGAAAUGUUUGUAAUUUUCCAAAAUAGGGAUUUUAUGCCACCUUUUUUGGACUGAAUUUCUAACUAAAACUAAUAACUUGCUGGUAAAAAAGUGCAGCAUCAUCAAAUGAUAGUUUAAUUUUAACUAUUAAGGGGUUAUAUGCUUACCACAUGAUCUUAGAUAGGGGGCAAAAUUACAAAAUAUUAGUCAGUAUUUAGAAGUCCUUUACCAGAGUAAAUCAAACUCUGCUAAUGUAGGCCAGUAUAUAAAACAUCAGCUUUUGAGACUCUUUUUGGUGAAUAACAAACUUAAUCAACUGAUGACAGAUUUGAAAUACAUCAUUGACAAAGUGCAUGUUGAUGAACCUGUAAAAUCCAGGAUGCCUUGUAUUUAUGUUUCUCUUUAAAUUGGAUAACCAUUUAAAUGCUCAAUGCAUUGUGUUAUUUUCUUUUUAGAGGGCAGCAUCAGAGUUAUCUGCUCAUCAAAAGAAGAUCCUGCCAAUUGAUGACCAUGUAGCUGUGUCCAUUGCAGGCCUCACUGCAGAUGCCCGACUUUUAAGGUAAGUUAGUGAUAAAUAAAUAAAUGCAUGCUUACAGGUCUGUGAAUGCAUCUUAUAUAAGUGCAAAGGAAGACUGGAAAAACUUUAUUACAUAUCCUCAUUUCUUUACAUCAGUCAAGUUGUAAUUUUUUUCAUUUCUCAUCUGAUGUUACAGGUCCGCUCAGGUGUGUAGAUUUUGAAAUUUUACUAGCAUAUGAAAUGCUCAACUGUGGGAACUACAUGUUACUGUAACUUUUUUCAUAGCUUUACAAGUGGCAAUGGUGACAAGAAGCCUACUUGGACUUCUUCAGACCUGAGAGAAAUACUUUCAAGAAGAUUUAUUUAACGUAUCUUGCCCAAGAAAGUCUAGCAGUUCUGUCAUAGACAGUAAUUUGUUGGAAAAAUAACCUGAGCAUAUAACAUAUAAAUUUGCCGUUUUUUUAGCUCUAUUUAGUGACUAACUUCCCUGUUUGAAAUACAUUGUCAUUUAUUUUCAGUAAAUUUAUGCGUAGUGAAUGCCUUGACUCCAAAUAUGCAUAUGACAGAAGGCUGCCGAUCUCAAGACUUGUUUCUGCUGUUGGCGACAGUAUCCUUUUUCUGACAUUUACUUCCUUAUUUUAAGUGAAUUUUUUUUAUUAUUUACAAAUGAGUUAAUCCUAAGGGAAAAUCACCAAUGUUGAUCUGUUUAUUUGGGAAUUUAGACUACCCAUUGCAUCUUCAAUACUUCUGUCAAGUUUGAAUGGCCCCUCUCCUUAAAAUUGAACCAAAGUUUUUCUUAACCUCGUUUAUCAGAAAUGCAAAUUCCAACUCAAAGGUAUGGCAGAAGACCUUAUGGAGUCGGCCUUCUUGUUGCUGGAUAUGAUGUAAGUAGGAAAGGUCAAUCAUUGUACGCUGUAUUUUAGGCUAUCAUCUUUCAUACUUGCAGAGUCAGUAAGCUAUGAAAGCUUGUAUUGCAGGUCUAGCAUUUGCAUUUGUGGAUUAAAUCCGCCUGGUAUAAUCAUUCCCCUGAAACCUUUUCAGCAGAAUGUCCAUGCAAUACUGAAUGUAUUAUUUGCAAAAGUAAAAGGAAAUUGAAAUUGGAGAACCUUUGCAGUGAAAGGUUUAUAAAGGUCCUCACAAUUCAGAGUUGAAUGAAGAUUUCUUUUGAAAUGUCUUGAAAUACUACAGCCAGAUAGCAUAUCAUUGUUCCCAAUUCAUUUUACAUCAGUAUGAUUUUUUAGUAAUUGGUAGCUUUGUUGUCUGUACAGUUUACAACUUGUGUAAAGUGAAUUUAAAGAGUGUAAAAAACAGUCAUCUUUCACUCCCUAAUCGAUACGUUUCCUAACAGAAAAGCACCACCCUUCAGGUAGCUUACAAAGACAACACCAUGCAGGUGCUAAAAUGUCCCUUGCCUAAAUAAUGCACUUCAACCCACCUGUAAUUAACUGCCUUGCAGGUCAAAUGUUCCUGGCUUAUUUAUUUCUUAAUGCUCUUCACUAAGAUAUAUCGGUUAUGAAAAUGACAUAAGAAUUAUUGAGUAAAUGUAUCUAGUGGCCUGUUCCAGGCUCCAAGAUGGUCAGGUUCCCAAAAUUGUGUAAACCGAACAUGAAAAUGAAAUGGGAGGAAGCUCAUAUUUUUGUGUACCUUUUACUUACCGGUACACAUUAUCCCUACUAUCGGAGAACGUGGAACAGGCUAGGUAUCUGGGGGAGGUGCUUGUGUUGUGUACAAAAUCCGUCCUCACUUAAAACCAGUGUUAAGCUGGAUUCAGAAUUUCUUUUGUUUCCUAGCACUGUCUUUUUCAUAGGAGACAGAAAGGGUUCUAACCUUGUCUCUAACAUUUCAAGGGAUUUUCUAUAAAAUAGUUGUCUUAUACCUUUUAGGACAUGGGUCCUCACAUCUAUCAGACUUGCCCAUCAGCUAACUUCUUUGACUGUAAAGCAAUGGCUAUUGGUGCCAGAUCACAGGUACAUCAUUAUUAUUAGAUAGUUCUUGUUUUUUGUUUUGAAGUCAUUAUAUCCUAUAAUUAUGGUUCUCUAGCCUGAAAAAACAACCCAGGUGUCGCAAUGCUACCACUGGUCUCUGCGCAAAAUGGUAUCUGAGGAAUGUUUGUAGAAAUUCCUUACUGGUCACGUGUAACUACCCAGAACUGUGUAGUGCUUCUGAUUGGUUGAGUUCCUCAGACAUCAUUUUGCAUGAAAAACAGUGGUGGCAUCCCGAAAUGGUGGCUGUUUUCUCAGGCCAAUGGUUCCUGAGUAUUAAGAAUCAUAUUAAAGUCCAUGAUUGGUGUCAUUGACAAUAUGCAUUAUAAAAUCUACAUAUUGCUAUUUCCAGCUUCAUAAAUGUUGUUUUCUCUGGUUUGUAUUAUAGCGACAGCUGUUUAUUCCCUCAUUUUAAGAAUUUUUCAUGGGAAUGGUAAACAAUUUGGAGCUGAACCCUUGAAUAUUUUUAGUUUAACUUCUCUCCUCUUUGGAAAUACCACUUAUAUUUGUUAGAACUCCUCCCCCCACGGCUACAAGACAGUGUAUGAAUUUCCAUUCAGCUCCUACAAUAGUUUUGGCAAAUGAUUCAGAAAACAAAAAUUCAGUGCCUGUAAUGUUCUGUCGUCAUAAUGUUAAUAUUAUGUAAACGCCAAAUUAUGAAAUACCAGGUGAGCGUUCUCGUGAAAACAUGGUAUCUUCACAUGUAAAAAUAGCAUGUUAUCUUCAGACGUGAAAUAUCACCAUUGCUGUGGCUACAUGGAGAAACGAAAUUUCUCUUCUCUUGUAGAAAAAAUAUUUCACUCGAAUCUCAGUGCGGCUAUGUAAUAUCCUUAUGUCUCCCAUCCCCUAUGUCUGUAGUAUAAUUUCUUACCAAAUACUGAAUUUGUUUGCAGUCUGCAAGAACAUAUCUUGAAAGACACUUAGAAGAAUUUCCAGACUGUAAGUGUGUCAUGUUUUACAGUCACUAAAGUUUGUUUAGAAUUUAAGGUCAUUACUCAGUAUUAUUGCAAUUCUAUGUAAGAAAUGCCUUUUACCUUCUAAUGAUUAUGUGACUUAAUGAAACAACCAAACUACCAGUAAGUAAUGCAGUUACUAGCUGUAUAGUUGAGGGAUGCCAAAUAUAAUAGCAGGAUGAUGGAGUACAAUACUAGAUUAAUAUUUUAUUUUGUCUAGAGAGUAUUAUUGCAGUUAGUGAGAGCCUCUUAGGGGGGUAUAUAUGUCCCUAGUCUGAAUUUCAAAUAUAUUAUGGUCAUUUCACGUUUUAAGGAGCAGGCCAUGUCCCUGUUGGUAUUUAACCCAUCCUUAUAUCAUUUGUAUCCAUUUCAUCUCAUUUCAUUUCCAAAGGUGAACCAGAAGAGCUAAUUAAACAUGGUUUACGAGCCUUGAGAGAAACACUUCCUAAUGAACAGGAGCUGACAACAAAGGUAUGUUUGGCAUCUGUUAACGUACAAGCAUUGUCAUUUUGGUACUGAUUUUUUUUAAAUUUACAGUCAAACCAGGUCAAGCGUUCCCGUCGCUAACGAACUAAUGAAUUCAUUCACGGAAAAAUGAUUUCGUUUGUUGAUUCAAUAAUCCAUUCAUAAAAUGAACAAUCCAAUAGUCAUAUUUAGCCUCGAUUCCAUAAUCGAAUGUUGAUUCGAUUACUGUUUUUUGAAAAAUUACACUUUCCACAAGUUGACCUCAGAAUUUUUUUUUUCCUUUUUUUUUCUGAGAGUCGAGUGCUGGCGAGUUCUGAAGUUCAAACCCAAAUAAACUGUUACAUGUACGCCAGUUUGCUGCCAAUAAUCAGUGCAACAGACCUAGGCCUGACCUCUUAGAAAACACGACGGUCAAACUGAGGUCAGUGUAUGUGCAGUGAUUGGUGGAUUUCGAUCCUCGGCCUUUGUCAGUUUCUUUGCGUUUGCGGUCUGUCUAUUCUAGCUGUUAUUUUGAUUAAAGGCAAUGAAAAACGCAAUCGUAAACGGCAGGAAAAGGGAAGCAAAUACGAUUGAACACAACAGACAAGAAUAAAGAACAGGUAGAUUUUAUCAUAAACCAAAUCAACAUUUGAUUAUUGAAUCAAGGUACAAUUUGACCGUUGGAUUAUUCAUUUUAUGAAUGGAUUAUUGAAUCAACAAACGAAAUCAUUUUUCCAUUAAUGAAUUCAUUAGUUUGUUAGCGACGGGAACGCUUGACCUGGUUUGACUGUAAUGUCUGUCUCUUGGGUAGCUACGCAGAUCUCCUUGACAUUGUUUUCUCUCCUGUUCUAGUUCAGUUUUAGUGGAGCAUGUCUGUGCCAAACAAAAAUGUGCUUGAAAAAUAAUUGCAGCGUUUCCCUAUGAUGUCUGCAUGUACAUAUGCCCCCCAUUAAAGAUCUCCUUGACCUUGUUUUUUCGCCUGUUCUAGUUCAGUUUUAGUGGAGCAUGUUCAUGGGCACAGUCUGUGCCAAACGAAAAUGUGCUCGAAAAAUUGCAGCAUAUCCCUAUGAUGUCUGCAUGUACAUAUGGACCCCAUUUAACCCAGAAACUGGAAUCCUAGUGAAGACUGUGGUUUUUUUAAAGAUACAUGUACCAUGCGCCUGUCAUAAUGUUGUUUUUGUCACUGAAUGUUAUGUUUUAAAUGUUCACUUUAGGCUUGUCAUAAAAUAUAUUUAUUUUACUACAAUAUUUAAAAAUGGUUGAAUGGAAAACAAAGAAAUCAGUUUUUUCAUACGUCUUUGGUUUAUUGUAGAAUUGUGCUAUUGCUCUAGUUGGAAAGGGACAAGACCUUGUUAUAUACAGUGAUGAAGCAGUUUCUCCCUAUGUAUCCUUUUCAACUAUAUUGCUUCUUUAACAGGCACUGAUUGUUGGUGACUUUCAGCUAGAAUAGAUAUUGGGAUGCUCUUAAGACUGUAGUUGAAUACUCAGGGCUGUGCUCUAGCAGCGCGUGGUGGCCCCUGGCGCCUAACUUUUGCUCUCGGUCGACUAGGAAAUCUUAGUUUUUUGAUACAAAUCAUAUGCUAUGCACCCUAGAUUUUACAGUUUCAGAGCACUGGGCUCCCUUCAAUUUUCCUUAGAGCACAGCCUUGAUACUGUAGGAGAAAGGGCUUUGGGAAUUUUAGGCUCACAAGAAUAUGUAUGGUGGGUUCAUUCUGUCUUCUUUUCAGUCUUUCUUUGGGAACUAAAGAUUUAUUACAAGUUUUCUUGCUGAAUAAAAAGAACAACUGCACUGAAAAAAAGAAAAUAGAAAACAUGUAAUGCUUCCCUUACAAGAAGUUUCCUUAUAUUUCCUGUUGGGGUGGGGGUUGGGGGAAGAAACUUAGAUUAAGAUCCCCCUCCCCUCACCCUCACGAAAUAUCACUUAAGCUUUAUGUUUUCCUUGAAAUGUUGUGGCUUUUGAUUGACCACCCUCCCCUCCUCGUUGGAAGACAAGAAAAUUACAUUUUCCCUUUAAGGCCCAAGAGUGACCAAAGUCAAUUUUCUCCCAACAAAAUCAAUACAUAAUCAAGUGAGAAUUAAAUAAUCACCUGAUGGGGAAAGCUUUGAUAUACAAGCAAAUUCUCUCAACCGUUCUUUAAGGAAAUGUAUGGAGAUCAGUCUGGAGAAUUUGUAUUUGGAUAUUGGGGCUGGAAGGGUUAAUAAUAAUUAUUUUCUCACCAUGACACAAGAGAGAACAAACAAGAACUAAGUAAGUGAAAAGAAGGGUGUUUACUAAAUGUGGCUUGCAUCUGUAAAAGAAAUUGUGUUAACUGGAAAACGGUAAUAUUAAACCACAAAAAUUAUUUUGAUUUCUUAAAAGUUAUGUUGACCUUAAUUUGCUGUAGUUGGCUGGAAUUGAUCAAACAAAGAGGCGGCGAGGAGAUGAGGUAAAGAUCACCACAUAA